AUGCCUCGAGUCCAGCUACGUACUACUUUACCGCUUUUUAAAGUAAUAUCAGGUUUUGAAAUUCGAAUUCCGGUAGACGGGUUGAUCCAUAAACCUGAAGGAUUUUGUUCAAAAAGUGGACAUAGGUAUCAACCAAGUCUUGACCAAGUCGAUGACAUUGUCAUUCACACCUAUUCGUACGCCUGGACAAGGUCUGGGGUCCCGAAUAUGCGACUCGUCUGCCAUUGGCUCCGACUUGAUGGCCGAAAUCUCACUCUCUGCCGCAAGUCGCCAGUGUCAUAUUUCGAACACGAGUCUAACGACUUUCAGAACGAUAUCAUUCGUCGCGCCAUCCACCUUUCCAUGGACACACAGUCCAGAGGGAUAUUUAUCUCCCCGACAUCCGUCCUCCUUCCUUGUCAUAUCGAUGCAGCAUGUAUUCCCCCGGACUAA